UCUCUUUCUCACAACCAACCAAGCAAGCAGCACAAACUAACUCUUUCUCCCAACAACACGAUCCUGAAACCACCACCAUGUCGACUAGCCCUGGUCUCCCACCCAUCGUUGAGCGCCUGGAAAAGGGCCAAAAGACUCCAAUAUGUGUGAUUGUGGUUGGUAUGGCUGGUUCUGGAAAGAGCAGUUUGAUGGCCCAAAUGCAAUACCAUGCGGCCAACAAGGCCAAACCCACCACCACGACUAAGCAAGACAAGGCCGAUGGAGAGGGAGAACCAAAAGCUGACGAAGAUGGCGAGACUGCGAUUGACCAACAACAACAGCAACAAGAGAAUGUGGCUGCUGCUUCCACUGUACCCACCUACUGCAUCAAUUUGGAUCCAGCUACCCAUCAUUUGGCCUACGGCGCCGCCAUUGAUAUUCGGGACACGAUCAACUACAAGGAAGUCAUGAGACAACACAAACUGGGACCCAAUGGAGCCAUUCUUACCUCCUUAAAUUUGCUGACGACUAAAUUUGAUCAGAUCAUGGCCAUUUUGGAACAGCGGGCGUACGGGCAGUCAGAGAAAAAGGAACCAGACGACGAAGAAGAAACCAAUGAGACUGAAAAAGGCGAAGAAACUACAGAGGAAGAAAACGACGAAGACGACAACAUCGCCGCUAUUGGAAUGGAUUAUAUUCUUGUGGAUACCCCCGGACAAAUUGAAGCCUUCACGUGGAGUGCAUCGGGGACCAUCGUCAGCGAAUCUUUGGCAUCGGCCUUUCCCACGGUUCUUUGCUUUGUCGUCGACACGGCUCGAUGUGCUUCCAGCCCCAACACAUUCAUGAGCAAUAUGUUGUACGCUUGCAGCAUGUUUUACCGCACGCGUCUGCCCCUUGUCAUUGUAUUCAACAAGAAUGAUGUCGUCCCACAUGAUUUUUGUAUGGAAUGGAUGAAAGACUACGAAGCAUUCCAAGAAGCACUAGACGAAAGCAUGGAUUCCAACACCAACAACUCUGCCACAAUGACAUCCACUGGCUUUUAUGGGUCACUCACGAGGAGCCUCAGUCUUGUUCUCGAUGAGUUCUAUAGCAAUUUUGCCCAUUGCUGUGGUGUCAGUGCCAUUACUGGGGACGGCAUGGAUGACUUUUGGAAGUGCAUAGACAAGGCGGCGAGGGAGGAUUUCGUUUUGGAUUACGUGGAAGAUCUGAAAAAUCGCCUGGAAGAACAGCAGGCCAAGCAACAAGCCAUUCAACGAGUUGCAAUGAAGCGAUUGCAACGAGACGCGGCGCAGGGGCAGCGAUAGACGCGUUUCAACUCACUGACGAAAUCCUCUUGACUGCACUGGUCGAUACCGGUACCAGUACCUGUUCGAGUGCGUCAUUCUUCUCCGUCUUCUGCUGAGCUACCGGGAGGGCUACCGGUAGCUAUAUAACACAGAGUUCAAUCCACAAACGUUUUUCAUUGAGAACACAGACUCCAAUCCACAAAUAAAUAGUUUCACGCUACGGUAUGUUUAUCAAUUCGUCAAUAGAUUGAUUCGAUUCGAUUCGAUUCGUCUUCACACUUGCUGUCACUAC